CCAACCGACGCCGCACAUUGUAAACAAAUCGCUAAACGUUUGUUAGUCUAUUCGCGAUUUCAUAUCAUUUGGAAAUAUGGCCAACAAUACCAAGAAGUUUAGUGAUGUGAAUCUCUACGAUCUGCUCGGGGUCUCCAUUGAAGCUGAGCAGUCGGAAAUACGCAAAGCGUAUCGCAAACGUGCCCUCGACUGCCAUCCGGAUAAGAAUCCCGAUAAUCCGCAGGCGGCCGAACGUUUCCAUGAGCUGUCCAAGGCAUUGGAAAUCCUCAGCGAUGCCACAGCUCGAGCCGCCUAUGACAAAGUGCUAAAGGCGAAAAAAGCCGCCGAGUUGCGCACCAAACAGUUGGAUAGCAAGCGUCAAAAGCUCAAGGAGGAAUUGGAGCAACGUGAGCGUGCGGCGUUACACAAACUGCAGGCAGGACAGCCGUAUAGCACAGUGCGGAAGAGUGAUGAGGAAGUGCUGCAGGAGCAGAUCGAUCGACUGCGACGCGAGGGCUCCAAGCUGCUCGAGGAGGAACAACUGGCGAUGCGGGAGCAGCUGAAGCGCAGCUACAACGAGCAACAACAGCGUCAACAAGCGCCAGCUGUAUUUGAUUCAGCACAGCAUCGCAUCAAGAUCAAGUGGAAGGCGGACAAGACAAAGGAAGACAAGGACAAUGGCGGCUAUACGGAGCAGCAAUUGAUGCAAUACCUUAAGAAAUAUGGCGAUGUUGUGGCGCUGGUGAUGAACACCAAAAUACCUGGACGCGCCAUGGUCGAGCUCAAGACUCGUGAAGCCUGCGACAUGGUGUUGGCCUACGAGAAGGGAAAUCCCGCGAAUCCGCUGCACUUCAAAUGGGUCACGCCGCCGGCGGAAGAAAAGGCGAAGGGAGCGGGAACAACAACCACAUCAACAUCCCGGGACUAUGAGGAUUUGGUAAUGAGGAAACUGCGUCAGGCGGAGGAACGCAAGCGUUUAAUUGCCCAAAUGAUGCAGGACGAGGGGGAUGAGUAAUCAUCGUAGCUAGUCUAUAAUUUAAUUUAAAUGUAGCAUACGUUUGUAGUAAAUAAUUCAAUAAAAACAAGUUGGCAGCACUACCAACAGCUGACUGGCUGCUAGUACAAAACUAGAGAGUUGUAUGUGCUGCAAGUGUAGUUUGUAACACCAAAUUAAAG